UUUCGCCAACGCACGUCAACGUAACGGUAACGGUGUAGUGGUCUGCGGAGUGCGGGGUACGCGUUGCGAAAGUUUUAGCUGCUUUCCACGACGCUUUUUGGUGCAGUUUUUUUCUAGUAAGAACAAAUAAAUUCGGAAUCAACAUGGCUCGAAUCGUAGCUAUGAAAGAAACACUCGAGAAGACGUUGAACGACGAAAGCAGACCCUGGACAAAGUACCUUGCACUUGCAGAGCAAAAGUCUGGAGUCAGCAGACUCUACCUUUUUAUAGGGGCGGUGGUAUUUUUGGCAUUGUACUUGAUUCUGGGCGUAGGACAGCAACUGGUAUGCAAUAUAAUUGGAUUUGUGUACCCAGCCUACUGUUCCAUGAAAGCACUUGAAAGCCCAAGCAAAGACGAUGACACAAAAUGGCUAACGUAUUGGGUUACGUUUGCUGUUUUCACGAUCAUCGAGUUCUUCUCCGAGUACAUCGUGUGCUGGUUUCCGGUGUAUUGGUUAAUAAAGUGCCUUUUCUACGUUUGGCUGAUGGCUCCCUCUGAAUACAACGGAUCUCUGAUGCUAUACCGGAAAGUUAUCCGUCCCAGAUUCGUGCAGUACCAGCCCCGAGUUGAUAAAUUAUUGUCUAACGCUGGCGAAAUCGCAAAGAAAGCUGCAGCAAAUGCACUCCUGACCGAGAAGAAGGAAUAACUUCAUUACAUCCAGCUUCUAUUUUCCAACAAUUAGUAAGAAAAAAAAAGAAAAAAAAAGACUUUGAGCUUUUACCCAUUCCUUCAGAUAUUUAAUUAAAAACUGAAAACUAUACAAUCAUCCUCGCACAAAUUCGAGUCUCUAAAAAAUGACUCUAUAAAAAAAAGAAAGAGAGAGAGAGAAUUAUGCAAAUCUACAAUUUUUUUUUUAACGACUCAUGGAAUGCAUUUUUAUGUAACGUAAAUCUGUUUGUGUAACUUGUCGCUUCCGUGAGCUGUACUUUGUCAAAGAAUGCCUAAAAUUGAACAUAUAUAUAUUUUUCCAAAUUAAAAGCCUAUUGAUGAAUUAAGUGCCUAAGAAUUAUUGCUAGAAAAGUUUGUCAUUUGAUUUUAAAAAAUGGCGAAAUGUGAGAGUAUAUUUGUUGCUUGUGAUAUGCUUUUCAUGUUCCAGGUAAUUCGUGAAAUUGUGUCUGUAAUGUGCCAUUUUCUCCAUUAAUUUGCACAUGCUGUGGUAUAAAAAUAUAAAAAAUUAAGGUACUUUGUCAGAAAAUGCCAAACGUUUUUUUUUUUUUUUUGUGAUUUACCGUCGCUUGUGCUGCUGUGAAUAUUUAUCAGAUGUUGGCAAAACAUUUUUAUUGUAGAUAUUAUUCAAUGUUAGGCUAUAUCGCGAAAAAAAGAUGGAUCUUCUAAAGUUUUAAACUCUGUUGAAUCGGUGACAAAGAAAUUUAGUAAACUUAAUCGAGAAAUUCGUAAACUUGGUAAAAACUUGAGACAUAUUUUUCAUUAAAAUUGAAACGACUAUUUCAGUUCUACCGAAAAAUGUGCGAAUUUCCGUUCCUGAUUGUUGUAAUAGAUAAAUAAAUUCAAAAUGGACCACAAAAUGCAUUGAAAGAUAAUGUCCCGUUGGUAGUAGAGCUAUGCGGGACGACUUAUCGGCCGAGAAUGGUUGUUUUCUGUGCUGAGUUACCGACCGAUGGUAAUUAUCUGUUGUUGGUAAUUUAGCAGAGAACAUAUCCUUGCUCGGUCGGUAAGUGUUCCCGAAUUAAAUCGGGGAAACAAUCAUAAUUUAAUAUUGUAAUAUUUAGUUUUCGAGUAGGAGUGCUACGCCAGUUUAUUGUUAAACUUGUGUCUUAAAAUCCGGUUUGUACAAAGGCGGUUGAUUUGGUGUAUCGUAGAAACUAUCAUUUUUUCCACCAAAAUAUACGAAUAAAGAUAGUUUCAUUGUG